ACAAAAUUGUCAUUUCGUCUAGCAAGAUUUUAAACUAAACCGCCGAAAAUGAACGUUCGCUCGCUCCUUCUCACACAAAUGUUUUAAAAACUUACCGAAAUUCGACCGUUGCAGAGACUGAGAGAAAUCCCAGAUUUCCACCGUUUCAAAAACAGAGGCUCCCCUUUUCGUUUCUCUCUCUUCUUUGAAGUGAACCGAAACAAAUUUCUCUCUCUUCUUCAUUGCUGUCUCUCUCUCUACAAAUUCACAAUCAUGGCAGACCAAGGCACGAACCCUUCAAUCAUGGAGCCAAAGCCACUACACCCACUCCACCAGAUUGCAGAAACACCGACACACAAACUCCUUUUGAAGCAAUGGCUAAAAGAAGAGGAGCUAAUCCUAAACAGAGUUGCUCUUAAAGAAACCCAAAUUGAUUCAGUACGUAAAGAAAUAACACAGCUUUAUAUCUUCUUCUUCCUCUUCCAUUCCAUUUCCUUGCUUCUUCUCUUCAAUGCCUCUUCUAGAGACCCACCUGGAAGUGGGUCCUACUGUAAGAGAUCAUGGAUCCCAUCAUUGUGUUCUCUUUUGUGUUCUUUGGGGAUAAUCUGGGCAGUUCGAUAUAAAACAGAUGUAGAAUGCCAUAUGGAGAAGUUGUUGGAGAGAGAGAAAGAAGAUGGGAAGUUAUUGGCCAAGUGUGUAGAAGAGUUGAAGAAGAAAGGAAUAGAAUUUGAUCUUUUAAAGGAAGUUGAUGCGCUUAGAAGAGCUAAGAGUUUGCGCGUGGAGACGAAGGUGGUAAGGAAAUGGUCUGCUAGGGAUUUUGUUACUCUGUUUUUCUUUACCGUGUCAUGUUUAGUUCUGGGAUUGACAAGGAUCAUUUUGUGCAGUUAGGUUGGGUUAUGGGGUUUUGGGAUUUUGAAUAUGAUGGCAAAAAUUCUUUGUUGCUGCUAUUUGUCUUGGGUAGCAACCGAUUGUGCAGAAUAUUCUGUUCUGCUAUUGUAAUUUGGGGAAUUUUAUAGUGGAGGAAUCAUGAAAUAAAUGUGAUUUAGAAGUUUGAUGGUAUUACAUUUGAUUUGUAUUUCAUA